UAGUGAGUCACCCAGUGAGCGAGUUAAUUAGUGAGUGAGCGAGUUAGUGAGUCAGUGAGCUCGUGCCAGUGAGUGAGUGUUACUAGCAAAGGAAGUUGUUCUACCGUCGAUCAAGGGUGUCGAGGGUCAACACCACCCCACCGCACCCCACCAAAAUAAUGGCGCAGCCUCAAGUGAAGAGGAUUUGCUGCAUCGGAGCGGGCUACGUGGGGGGCCCAACGUGCAGCGUCAUCGCACACAUGUGCCCACACGUUACCGUCACCGUCGUCGACCUCAACGCUUCGCGCAUCGACGCCUGGAACUCCGACAGCCUCCCCAUCUACGAGCCGGGCUUGCAGCAGGUGGUGGAGUCGUGCCGGGGCAGGAACUUGUUCUUCUCCGUGGACGUCGACUCGGCCAUCCGUGACGCCGACCUCAUCUUCAUCUCGGUGAACACUCCCACCAAGACAUUCGGCGUGGGCAAGGGCCGUGCGGCCGACCUGAAGCACAUUGAGUCGUGUGCGCGUCGCAUCGUGGAGAGCGCCGGCGCGGGCCUCAAGGUGGUGGUGGAGAAGAGCACGGUGCCCGUCAGGGCCGCCGAGAGCAUCAAGAGAAUCUUCGACUCCAACCCCAAGCCACAGCUGCAGCUGCAGGUCCUCUCCAACCCCGAGUUCCUGGCCGAGGGGACGGCCAUCAGGGACCUCAAGAACCCGGACCGCGUGCUCAUCGGUGGCGAGGAGACCCCCGAGGGACACGCGGCGGUGGCGGCGCUCAGCGAAGUCUACGCCACCUGGGUGCCCCGCGAGAGAAUCAUCACCACCAACACGUGGUCGUCAGAGCUAUCCAAACUCGCUGCCAACGCGUUCCUGGCGCAGCGCAUAAGCAGCAUCAACUCGAUCAGCGCGGUGUGCGAGGCGACGGGCGCUGACGUGGAGCAGGUGGCGCACGCCAUCGGCACCGAUCGGCGCAUCGGUGACAAGUUCCUCAAGGCCAGCGUCGGCUUCGGAGGCAGCUGCUUCCAGAAGGACGUGCUUAACCUCGUCUACCUCUGCGAGGCGCUCAACCUGCCCGACGUCGCCAACUACUGGCAGCAGGUGAUCGAGAUCAACGACUACCAGCGGCGGCGUUUCGCCAACCGCAUCAUCGGCUGCCUCUUCAACACCGUGACGGGCAAGCGGCUCGGCAUCCUAGGCUUCGCCUUCAAGAAGGACACGGGAGACACCAGGGAGUCAUCCAGCAUCUACAUCUGCCAGCACCUGAUGGACGAGGGAGCCAUGCUGCAGAUCUAUGACCCCAAGGUGAAGAAGGACCAGAUGAUCCUGGACCUUUCUCAGCCCAGCAUCUCCGGGGAUGAUCCAGACAGAGUGGCCAGGUUGGUGACGGUGACCUCUGACCCGUACGAGGCCUGCAAGGGCACCCACGCCAUCGUCAUCUGCACCGAGUGGGACCUGUUCGGGGAGCUGGACUACGCGAGGAUCUACGCCGAGAUGCUGAAGCCAGCAUUCAUCUUCGACGGGCGCAGGGUCCUGGACAAACUCCACGUGACGCUGCAGCGCAUCGGCUUCCAGGUGGAGACGAUCGGCAAGAAGGUGGUGCUGGAUUCGAUCCCCUUCACUCCCUCGACGCAGCCCAAGGUGCUGGACUUCCAGAUGUCACGCAAGAACAGCAGCGCCAUCUGAGCUGCCAGGGACGGCGAUCGCAAAUCACUCCCCCCACCCCCCCCACCACCCCCACGGUACCCCAUCACGUUUGCUAGAUUACAGGCAGACACGUGCACCGCUGUGUCGAGAUGUUGACUUCCUCGCCUGGUACGCAGGAGGUCGUGGGUUCGAUCCCGACCCUGACGACGCCUGCUGCUGUAUAUUUGGAG